GACCACGAGAAGCAGUACGUAGGCUUUGCCACUCUGCCGAACCAGGUCCACCGGAAAUCCGUGAAGAAGGGUUUCGACUUCACCUUGAUGGUUGCAGGAGAGUCGGGUCUGGGCAAAUCCACGCUGGUGAAUAGCCUGUUCCUGACAGACCUCUACAAAGACAGAAAGCUCCUCAAUGCAGAGGAGAGAAUCAACCAGACAGUGGAGAUUGUCAAGCACACGGUGGACAUUGAGGAGAAGGGUGUCAAGCUGAAGCUGACCAUAGUGGACACACCAGGCUUUGGAGAUGCUGUUAACAACACUGAGUGCUGGAAGCCCAUCACCGACUACAUCGACCAGCAGUUUGAACAGUAUUUCCGUGAUGAGAGCGGCCUGAACCGGAAGAAUAUCCAGGACAACCGAGUGCAUUGCUGCCUUUACUUCAUCUCGCCCUUCGGGCACGGGCUGAGGCCUGUGGAUGUUGAGUUCAUGAAGGCUCUGCAUGAGAAGGUCAACAUUGUGCCCCUGAUUGCCAAAGCCGACUGCCUGAUCCCCUCCGAGAUCCGGAAGCUAAAAGAGAGGAUCCGGGAAGAGAUUGACAAAUUUGGCAUUAAAGUGUACCAGUUUCCUGAGUGUGACUCUGAUGAAGAUGAGGAGUUCAAGCAGCAAGACAGAGAGCUGAAGGAGAGCGCUCCCUUUGCUGUCAUUGGCAGUAACACUGUGGUGGAGGCAAAAGGCCAGCGAGUCCGUGGACGGCUCUACCCCUGGGGCAUUGUGGAAGUGGAAAACCAGGCACACUGCGACUUUGUGAAGCUGCGGAACAUGCUGAUCCGGACACACAUGCAUGACCUGAAGGACGUCACUUGCGAUGUUCACUAUGAGAACUACCGAGCUCAGUGCAUCCAGCAAAUGACCAGCAAGCUGACUCAGGACAACAGGAUAGAAAGCCCGAUUCCUAUCCUGCCUCUGCCAACACCGGACACUGAGACAGAGAAGCUGAUCAAAAUGAAGGAUGAGGAGUUGCGGCGGAUGCAAGAGAUGCUGCAGAAGAUGCAGCAGCAGAUGCAGGAUCAGUGAGAGGCAGGUACUCGGAGGGCAGAGGGAAUCCCCCAGUGACUGUCUGAGGCCUGGCAAGAGCUGUGGACAUUUAGAAAAGGUUUCCUGUUGUAGAGAGACUUGUGGGCAAGAGCUGCACCCACACCCUCUAAUUUAUUAGCAGCAAUGCUGGCUUUGCGGUCAGCUGGAUUGUGGAGGAGGCUGUUCACUUAACAGUUUACUGAUGUGUAUUUCUUUUUUAAUAAUUAUUCUUUCUUUUCUUUUUUCUUUUUUUUUUAAAAAAAAAAAAAAGAAAAUAGCCUAGGAAGUCUCUAAGGCAUCCUAAAAAA